UGAUUCAAGAUUUCUGUUCCCCUCCUGCUCCAAUACCAACCCACCACGGAAUCCCAUUCCGGGGUUCCUCCUCUUCCUCUCCCGGCCUCGCCCCCGGCCGCAACCUCCUUCCCCGUGCGCCUCGCGGGGGUCUAGGGUUUGCUCCCGCCCGCCACUGGCGCGCCGACUACGGACGAGCAGUACCCCACGGGCCACGGACUCGGAUGCUAUGCUGCUCGGCUGCAGGUCCCUCUCCACCUGGGUGCGCCGCCUCGUUGCCUGCAUGGGAAGUUGCCUUGGAUGCUGUGGCUGUGCUAAGCCUGCUCCGAUAAUAGCGGUCGAUGAGCCUUCAAAAGGUUUGAGGAUCCAAGGCCGCUCAGUAAGGAAGGCAAACUUGUCUGAGGACUUUUGGAGCACAAGUGUGCACAAGAUUGAAAACAGUGCAGUUCAAUCGCAGAGGAGCAUAUCUUCAAUGAGCCCAGCGCUGCAAUCCAGCGAUCAGCAUGGAGAUGGAAGUAGCAGUAAUCCAAAUGAGUUUGUAAAUCAAGGUCUCAUGCAGUGGAACCAGACUAGACAACAGUGGCUUGGAAACAAAAAAUUCAAUUUUCGACCUGAAAAGCCUCGAGAACCAAAAUUAAGUUUAUGUUAUAUGCACAUUUUCAUACAAUCGAUGUGUAUCACCCCUCUACCUCCCCCAAUGAAGCAACGUUUGAACGCUACGUAUGAGAGCCUGCUAGGGAGCAACAAGUCUUUCUCCCAACCAAUCCCUCUUGCUGAAAUGGUAGACUUGCUUGUGGACGUAUGGGAGCAAGAAGGCCUAUACAGUUAGGGAGAGGAAGAGCAUCGUUUUCGCCACGUUAAUUGCUCGUGUUUCCAAAACUAUAGAAUGUCAGGAGCUCUAGGGUGGUGAAAGCGAAUAUUUCCCGAGCUCGUUCGUUAACGUCAAUCCUUGAACAUGGAGUCCCGAGCUCGUUCCUUUGAACAUGGAGUCCUUAUCUUAAGGAUUGUAAUCUAAUAAUUUCUGUUUUAUGUGUCAAUAACGGAUUGUACAUAAGGAUAACAAGCUUGAAUAUAUAUAGAGAGAGACAGAAUAGGCACAGA